GUUUCGAUCCUUAUUUGGAGAUCUGUACAUCGAGAAAGCGGUGAAUGGUUUUCUAACGGAGCUUUUUAGUCAAUGGAAGAUGAGAAACAUCAACAGUGAACUGACGCUGGUCUUGUUUUCAAGAACAUUUUAUGAAGCUAAGUCAUUAAAUGAGUUUCCGGAAGAAAUGCAGAGUGCAUUGCAUUUGGAUGGUAGCGGUAGAAUUUAUGAGGAUUUUUACAGGGUCAUGAUUCAUAAUGAGAGAUGCGAUGACUGGAUGCCUAUGCUGGCAUCACUCAAACAGAUUAUGUGGCAAUACAAUCAGAGCAUCAGUUCAUGCCAUCAAGCAGAUGAUAGAAUUCCAAAAGGCUACAACUCUAAGGCAGCCGAUGGUAAUCUACUAGAAGCAAUCAACAUGUCACUCAACGUAUUUGACAAUCACUACGUCAACAGAAACUUUGAUCGGACGGGUCAAGUGGUUGAAAUUAUUACGCCUGGUGCUGGCGUGUUCCACGUGGACAGAACACUGUGUGAUAUCACCAAGCAUCGUAUGAUUGAUUAUGGUGUUGGGAGUGACUUGGUUUGUCUGGCAGAGCAACCUCCUCAUCCAGUACCUCUACUCUUGUUCAGUGAUGAUGAAGCCAAGAGCCUGAAUUCCACCAAUACACACCAUAUCCCAUACUGGCUGAACUACAGCUUCUAUCUAUCACCUAGUCAGAGACAGCGGCAUUUCUCAUCCGCUCAAUCACACUUCAUUCCAAAGUUCAGACUGCCAACAAAAAACUUAAAAAACAGCACAGCUUCCACAAACGCCAACAGCCUGCCAAAGCUACCCCCUAAAACAGCAACUGGUAUCUACUAUCCAGUAUCACAUGAAUCUUAUGAUUCAGACAGUGAGAUGGAUGAAUGUGCACAGUUUGACAAGUCAAUCUUCAAAGUGCACAACAUGAAGACACAGAAGUGUAAUAAUCCAUUCGUACCUGCUUCCUUGACGACCAAGCUGACUCCAGAUCGGAGGAGGUGGACCCAUACCUUCCCUCAUGGACCUCAUGGAGAUGUGAUCCAGCUUCAUCACAAACACAGCUCCCUGACCAGCGAGUCCACUGGUAACAGCAGCAGUGACCUCAUCAGUUCAUCAUCAAGUGCAUCUAGUCUCUUCAAUGAAUCCGCUGGAGAGGAGACUACUAAUGAUGAUUCUCCAAACAGAAUGCUCGGUUUGAUGGUGAAUUUGAAGAGAAGGAUUGGAUGCGGAUGGGGCAUUACUGGAGAGCAAGCUUGGACACCCUUCCUACAAACAGGCGUGGAUUGGAAGUCUCUGACUGCCACAGCCUGUUUCCCGAUCACGACAGACUUCUAUCCUGACAACAAGACCCUGGAGACGGACUUCCAUGAGAACCCACAAACCUUGGACAUCAUUCCCGAAGAUGGCGAGGAGAUGUCUCCAUCUGGUAAAACCAUCCAGAGCGUCUUUGAGGAACUCAUCUCACAGAGAUUGAUUCAGAAUUACCAGCUGAUUCUGUUGCCCAAAUCAGAGAUAGCCAAUUUAUCCCUCAAGGGAAGCAGCCAUCUUCCUUUAGUCACUAAUCCAGACAAGCAUGUGUUUAUCUUGAGCUAUGGUCAGUCGUAUCAUAAGAUAAGCCUCAAGCCAGAUAUGAAGAGCAUAGAGAUCGUCAGAUACACAAAGAGGAAACAGAGGACAACUCUGAAGCUGGGUUACUCCUACAGACUGUGGCCGAUUUGCAAGUCUGGCUACGAGAUCCGCCAUACUAGAAUAUUCCGUAAUCCAAUAGAUAAUAAAUGGAAUCAUCGUGAUAACUACAUCUGUUUAGGAGGUGCUGCUAUGAGAGAGGGCUUCGACCUGCAAGAGUCGUUGAAGUUUUGGCGAAGUCGUUUCAUCCUCCUCCCUUCAGCAUCUUCCUUGAUGCGCAAACUCUGUGAUCAGAGUUACCAAGGACCCUUGGAUGUCUUUGAGGAAAGAACAGAGUCGCAGAAGAUGACUCUGCAAGAUGGUUUCCUGCGGUUUGUGGAGGGAUUGAAUCGUAGGCGACGAGCGCCGAGUCGACCUCCAAGCAAGAGACCAUCUGUGGCUGCGGAUCCCAACGCUGGGAGCACAACUCGUCGCCUGAUUUCUCGUACUAGUGGAAGUGGGGACUCUACCCCUACAAGUUUCCAGCCCAACUUGAGUCUCAACACAGCCACCAUUACUAGCGCCCUCGCUGGGAUUAGUAUAGCCAGGGGGAAGGAGGACGGGUCGGGCGUCUUUAAGAGUUAUCCGAGCUCACCAGAGAGAGAGAAACUCAGUCUGGCCUCACCUCUGUUGUAUAUAACCAACAAGAUGAGAGAUAUGAUUGAAGGAAUGAAUUUCAUCACGGGUGACGUCAAAGGUUUGCCCCAAGGAGACUGUUUUGUUUCAGCAGACUGCGUAGCCUGGGUGCGGAAAACCUUGGCAGGGAGUGUCACUCAUAAAGAAGCUAUGGCCCUUAUGCAGGUAAUACUUGAGGAAGGUUACAUCCGAGCAGUGUUCAGCAGUGCUGCGAAGAAAACUUUCAUCUAUGGCUACUACAUCUAUCAGCUCACAUCCGAAGUCCUUAGCCCAGAGUCCAAAAGACCAAGGUCAUCCACGAAAGAUACACGCUCACCUUUGACCUUCACCUUUGACCCUGCCUCUAGUUCUCAAUGGUUUGAAGUCUCUUGUGAACACAUCAAUGAGGGAGAUGAUGAUGAGGACAAUAAGAUGCCCUCCCGCGUUGAGGAUAAGAAAGGAAAUGGAAGUGAAGAGAGGAACAAUGUGGAUUCUGAACUUGGGAAAUCAGCAGAUGAGAAAAAUGAAGAUGACACAAAGAAGAAAUCGGAGAGUAUCAAGCCCUCUGUGUACAAAUCACUCUUCCUGGAGAUCGACAGCAGUAAACUGACUGACCGUGUAGAGUGGUGCCAUGUUGGGUAUCACAGUGACUACAACGUUGAUAUGGCCUUUGAGAUUGAGCUUCAAUGGUUGACGUCAACACCAAGCCUCCUGCAUGAAUUGUUUACUAACUGGGCUCGUCGAGCGGUUACCUGUGGUUUUCACCUGGUACCAACACAUCUGGAUCCAUUUGGCUUCAACGUGGACAUCUCCGACUCGUUACACAGUCCUCUGUUUAUUGAGCUUCAGUUACCCGAGGGCUACUUACAUGAGAGAGGGGGGCUACAGGAGGGCAGUCAGGCACUGGAGGACGCUCGUAGAAUACAGCAAAUGAUUAUUCAAAGGUUUGGUUUCCUGAGUAACCAGACAUCAUGCUACAGCCCUCUAGCCAGCAACACCCAAUCAUCUGAUCACAGUUCCCUUCCUAUCCACCAGCAGUACAUUCACACCACAGGGUGCGUCUUCCUCCUAGUGAUGCCCUUCCAUCGACCCCCCUUCACACCACGGACUGAACAGUUACCCUGCCUCUGCAAGCUGGGAAGCCUAGGGUCAUGCAGAGAUAGACAAGACAGUCAGGAGUCGUACGUGGUCAACAGUGCGGCAGCCAGCAACCACGGCCAGCAGUGGUCUGGCUUCACCAACCACAUAUGCCAGAGCUACGGAGGCAAGCUUGGCUUCCUCUACAUGCACAACUACCUCUUGACCAAGAAGUGGCGGUCGUCGGCGACGGGAGACGAGAAGUUCCACGAGAGUCUGUUGGCGGACCUCUGUAGAUUCUGCUCUGGUGAGGACGGAAGGUUGGGGGACUUGUUGACGAAGAUGUCAAGCUGUGUGGAUGAGGAGGGGCUGGAGACAGUGACGCCAAAGGAAUCCUGAGAUAUUCAAAGGUCUGUGUCUGAGUAUAAAAGUGUAGGUCUAAACACACAGCGAUGCAGAACAUGUUCCGACACUCCUACAAGUGUAGGUUCCUAAAACUAAUCCUAACCCUCAUCUUAUUGUGUAGAACACAACAGUUAAGUUGGUAACAUUGGACACUCGGAACAUCUAUAGGGAUGUCGUGUCGGAACACAAGGAUGAUGUGUCGGAACACAGGAAUGUCGGAACAUAGGAGUGUCGGAACAUAGGAGUGUCGGAACAUAGGAGUGUCGGAACAGGUGUUUCAGACCACAGGAGUGUCAAACAAAACAAUGUUUGAACGUAGGCAUGUCGGAACAUACAUGUAUGGUGUCGGAACAAAGCGCAGCCACCAAAUAUGAUGCAUCUGAGAGAAGGGUAUCGUAGGUUGCUUGAAAUUUUGGCUGGAAUACUUAGGGUUUUUAGAUUGUCUUUCUUUUGCAUUGCAUGUAUUUCAAUGCAAUAUCAAUGAUAUAUUAGACAAUGCAAAGCUUCGGUGGACGCAUGCACCAUGGCUCUUGUGUGAAACACACUUACGUGCAAAAAAAAAGUUCCAACUUUUAAACACUGUCUUAAAAUUUGCUCCCUGAAAUUUUGUGGGUGUGAUUAUUUAAAAGCAAUCACUAUCUUUUAGUUUAUCGUUAAUAGACCUUAUGCAUUGACGUCAUCCAGCCGCCAUCUUAGAGGAAAAACGGUGACGAAACAAUC